AUGCCACUUUCAAAUGGAAAACAUCUCUUACCUAACGACCCUCCGAAAAAGGGGAGACUUUUUGAGAUCCGUAGACUUAAAGGACGCACAUCUUUCCGUCCAUGUACACGAGUCCUCACAAAAGUACCUUUCCUUCCAAUGGAGAGACGAAACAUUUGCCUUUCAAGGCCUCCCAUUUGGGCUAAAUUCAGCUUCCAGAUUUUUUUAAAGCUGCUAAAACCAGCAGCUUGCCUUUCUGCGAAAGAGAGGUAUCUAGACGACUGUCUUAUCCUGGGCAGCUCCGUAGAGGAGUCAAGAGCCAACACUCGCUAAUACUGCAUCUCCUACACGGGGCAGGCUUCACCAUUAACUGGGAAAAGUCCGUCUUGGAACUUACCCAGUCAUUGACAUUUCUAGAUUUCUCCAUAAACUCACUGAUGAUGUCAUUCAGUCUUCCAGAGGAAAAAUCCUGA